AUGGCUUUCCUAGUUUUGACCUCAGACGCUUCUGAACCAUUUGUCAUCCCAUCCGUUUCGCCAGUGUCGGCUCCUUCUUCAAGAAAGAACAGCACAGCCAGCCUGGACGCCGGAGCCGCCCCAAGAAAGAACUCGUUGUCUUUGCAAUAG